CCCCGCCCGCUACAUUCAUCUCAUUCAAAUUUUUAUACCAACUUAAGACUUAAUUCUCUGCAUUCUAUUUCGCUGAGUUUGUGACUCUGAAAUUCGGUUACCAUGGUCGUUGCACAAAAAGUCAAGGAAGCUGAAAUCACCGAGCAGGAUUCACUUCUUCUGACGAGAAACCUGCUCCGAAUUGCCAUAUUCAAUAUCAGUUAUAUCAGAGGACUAUUUCCUGAGAAGUACUUCAAUGAUAAGUCAGUCCCUGCAUUAGAGAUGAAGAUUAAAAAACUUAUGCCAGUGGAUGCCGAGUCUCGCAGACUGAUUGAUUGGAUGGAGAAAGGUGUAUACGAUGCUUUACAAAAGAAAUACCUAAAGACGCUUUUGUUCUGUGUGUGCGAAGCAGUGGAUGGACCAAUGAUUGAGGAAUAUGCAUUUUCCUUUAGCUAUUCUGAUUCUGACAAACAAGAGGUUUCGAUGAAUAUCAACCGCACUGGAAACAAAAGGCAAGGGGGAACCUUCAAGUGUAACUCGACCACAGAAAUCACACCCCAGCAGAUGAGGAGUUCUGCUUGUAAAAUGAUCCGAACGCUGGUUCAGUUGAUGAGAACUCUGGAGAAAAUGCCAGAAGAGCGUACCAUUCUGAUGAAGCUCCUCUACUAUGACGAUGUGACGCCAGCUGAUUAUGAGCCUCCUUUCUUCAGGGGAUGCACAGAUGAAGAAGCUUAUCAUCCAUGGGCAAAAAAUCCAUUGAAAAUGGAGGUUGGGAAUGUAAACAGCAAGCAUUUUGUAUUAGCUCUGAAGGUGAAGAGUGUGCUCGACCCUUGUGAAGAUGAUAAUGAGGGAAUUCAAGACGAUAUGAGCACUGGUGAUGAUUCCACUCAGAAGAAUGAGUAUUAUGAUACUGACAGUGAGGUUGAUCUUACUCAAGGGAAUCGAUAUAUAGUUGCUCCAAUUGAGAAACAGCAAGAACAGGACGAUAAUGGCGGGAUUAAUGAAGACAAUACCCAGGACCCUGUGGAAGAUGAGCAACAACUGAACCGGGUCAAGGAGUGGAUCAAAAGUUGCCACCGUGACACUGUUGAGCUUACUGAUGUUCUAGCGAAUUUUCCAGACAUCUCAGUGGUUCUAACUGAAGAGAUCAUGGACAAGCUUGUUGAGGAAGACGUGCUAUCAAAAAUAGGGAAGGAAAUCUACGCCAUUAACAAGGACAAGAAAUUUGAAUAUGAGUUUGCCAUUGUGAAAGAAGAAAUUGAUGGUCAAAUUCCUCAAGUCUUUGACAGCGUUUUGCAGGUUGAAGAUCGCAUAUACAUGAAGGCUCUCUAUCAUGCUCUUCCGAUGACACAUGUGUCAGUCUCUAAGCUUCAAAGUUUGCUUGAGGGAGAAGUAAACCAGACAGCAGCACGAAAGAUAAUUGAUAAAAUGGUUCGGGAUGGGUUUGUUGAGCCCAAAGGCAACAAAAGAUUAGGAAAACGUGUUAUCCAUUCUGAGUUGACUGAGAGGAAAUUCGUUGAAGUCCAGAAAGCUCUAAGCGCUACUGAAGCCAUGGAUGUUGAUCCCUGUGAACCAAAUGGCAAGUCCAUACAAACUGGUUUCCGUUUGAAUGGAAGCAAUUAUGACGUGUCCACAUGUGGUGUUCUCCACUCUAUUGGAUCAGAUUUAACACGAAUGAAAGUGACAUCUGAUACUAAUUAUACUGACUCCAGGAGUGGACAGAAAAUGACAAAGGCAAAGGAGCCAGGGAACACCCCCACAAGCAGGGUUGAGCCAGUUGCUUCAAGAGAAAGUUUUGCGCCAGGCAAAGAGAACGGCAGAGCAAAUGUAAUUCCUCAUCAAGGUGACGAAGCUGAUACAAUUAUAUGCAGUAGGUCCUCCCAAGAAAAGCGGCCAAGGAAAACUAGCUCGGUCAAAGAGCCUAUCCAUCAAAACGUGAAGCGACAGAGAUCUCAGCCUCCGCGAACAUGAGUUCCGAUCGCUCAAUAUUUGUGGAUAAUAUAAUAACAUAACAACAUAACCUGACUUUUACUCGCGUUAAACACUCAUAUAUAAAAAUGACAUACAAAUUAAAA